AUGGAUGACGAGAGCAUUAUCGAAUAUUUUACUGUUGGUAUCCCUUAUACGCGUUCCAAUAAGCAGAUUCUAUAUCAAGCUCGUGAUUUGGAAGACCUCAAGGAGAAGCUGCGUAUCUACGAGACGGGUAGAGGGUCACAACCCAGUGUAGGCAGCAGACCAUUCAUUCCACAGUCUUCGCAAGAUAAAGGCGCUACUAAAAAUGAGGCACACAGCAAUAGGACGUGUUUCAAGUGUGGAAGAGUAGAAUUCGAGCGGACUCAUUAUCCAGAUGUAUUUGCACGUGAAAGGCUUGCUGAAAAAAUUGGUUUACCCGAGGCACGUAUUCAGGUAUGGUUUUCAAAUCGGCGGGCUAAAUGGCGCCGCGAAGAAAAGCUGCGAACGCAACGGCGCCCAGUCGAUCAUAUAAACAAUAAUGGCGGUUCCGGCGGUCGCUCCCGUAGUGGCAAUACCUCUGCAAUAGCUGCUGCCGCCGUAGUCAGUAACCAAAAUGGCUCAGGGGCCAGUGGAGUUGGUGGGGUUAGUGUGGGUGGUGGUGCCGCGGCCGAUAUUAAUGCGGCUAGCCACAACGGUAGCACGGCAGAAGGUUCGAAUGGUGGUGGUACGAGCGCAUCUGCAGCCGCGGCACUUCCGAACACAAGUGGUGGAGGCGGAGCAGCAAUCCCAACGCUUGGAGAUGCAGCAACCGUUGGAGUAGUGGCGGCAUCAGCCACUGUUAAUGUCAGCAACCAUAGUAGCGGUCACGGUGGUUCCGUGAGUCCGCCACUACAAGCCGUCACCUCUCGCCUUCCCCUAAACUCUGGUUUCAACACGAUGUAUUCAUCUAUGCCACAACCUAUCGCUACAAUUGCGGAGAGUUACAACUCAAUGACCUCAUCGCUGAGCUCGAUGACGUCUACCUGUUUGCAGCAACGUGACAGCUACCCAUACAUGUUUCAUGAUCCACUCUCCUUGAGUUCCGUGCCAUACGCAGCACAUGCGCGCUCUAACUGUAAUCCCGCUGCUGCCCACCAACAGCCCCCACCACAGCAUUCUACGGUGUAUGGCGGCGGUGCUCCAAGUGCAUCCAGUGGUACAGGUAAAACUACCUGA